AUUUAACAGUCACCAGUAUUCUGACGAGGAUUUUUUGGGUGUGACUUCUAGAGUUCCUAGUUCCUGGUUGAACCCAGAGGCAACGUACAGAUCAAUUUCAGCAUUUCGCCAAAUAAAAAUAACAAAAAGAUUUGGUUGGUGGGAGCCGUAGCAAGGUCGGCUUUGACUAUAUAACGGCCCCUGGAGCUCCACCCAAACACUGUUCGCAUCGUACAUCGCAGCAACAUGCAAUACUUGGUUGUCCUCUUCGCCGCCAUCGCCGCCGCCUCCGCCUCCGGACUCCUGGCAGGCGCCCCACUGAUCCCCAAGGUCCAGGUCGGUCCCACCCAGGUCAAUGUGGUCCGCCAGCCUUACACCAUCGAGGAGCCAGUACCCGUCCACAGGACCGUUCCAGUUCCAGUCAGGGCCAUCGCCCACACCGCCCCCAUCGUCGAGACUCCAGUUGUAGCCGCCGCCCCCCUGUCCUACGCCGCCGCCUACGGUGCCCCACUCGCCUAUGGUGCUCAUGUUGCCGCCCCACUCGCCUACGGUGCUCACGUUGCCGCCCCACUGGCUUACAGCGGCGCUCAUUGGGCCUACGGAUCCCCAGCCAUCGCUGCCCGUUCCAUCGCUGCUCCUGGUGUCAUCAGCCACUCAACCAUCCUCGCUCACUAAAUAUAUCAUUGUAAAUAAAUAAU